UGACGCUGUUAAAACUCUCUUUGAUGGAUAUAUUAGGCCAAUGUUCCUCCAAUUCCAAUAUGAAUAAUUAUGAGUUUGAUGGAAUGCAGAUUAUUGGUUAUUAAUAUGACUGGGGUUUUCAGGAAUGUUCGACCAUGCAGCUCAAAUAAUUCAUACUUUGGGGAGCACUCACCACGCUUUGAGAAACGCUACUGGUUUAGGUUUGCAAUCUACCAGUGGUCUGGGCAAAGUUCUCAUGAAGCCACGAUUUUAACUAAAGAUGCUUGUCAACAUAGAAAACACGCGCUCUUGUGCUUACAUGCUUGGUAUUUCAAACUAUUAGUUGGAAAACGAUUUCAGAUCCAGCCCAGCCAAAACUGUUUAGCAAAGUACGAGGUUGCCUUCCGACUGGAGCUAUUGAUAAAGGGCAAAAGCAACAACAAUUAAAGAAGCCCUGUCCAGAUGGGAAGAAAAGACCGGUCAAAGGCCGUCUGAGGCCAGAGAGAUAAAACUGUAUGCCCAGAUCCCCCCGAUAGAGAAGAUGGACGCAUCUCUGUCCACACUUGCCAACUGCGAGAAGCUUUCCCUGUCUACAAACUGCAUUGAAAAAAUUGCCAACCUGAACGGCUUAAAAAACUUGAGGAUUUUGUCCUUAGGAAGAAACAACAUAAAGAACCUCAAUGGACUGGAAGCAGUAGGAGACACGUUAGAAGAACUGUGGAUCUCCUACAAUUUCAUUGAGAAGCUGAAAGGGAUCCAUGUGAUGAAGAAGCUGAAGAUUCUCUACAUGUCUAAUAACCUGGUAAAAGACUGGGCUGAAUUUGUGAAACUGGCAGAACUGCCAUGCCUGGAAGACCUGGUGUUCGUAGGCAACCCGCUGGAGGAGAAGCAUUCUGCCGAGGGCAACUGGAUCGAUGAAGCGACCAAGAGAGUGCCAAAGCUGAAAAAGCUGGAUGACCAGCAGCACCGGCUCCGGUGCAGGCCACCUUUGGAAACUGCAAAUCCCCGGCUGUGUCCAGGUAUGGACCACACCACCUGUCCCCUAAAAUGUACACGCCAGUCGUUUCAACAGCAAAGGGACCUGUUAUCUGUUCUCAGUUGCUUAGUAUUGGGGGGGGCAAGCAUUUUAAAGGUAUACUUUCAAGUCUGUAAAGGUUCAUGUCCUUAUAACUCCAAAGCACAAAAGCAUCUAUGUCCUCACGGGCUCGGAAGGCAGCACGCUGAUGGGAAGUGUUCCUAUUAGAACACAGCUGGACCUAGAACCAGGAGUCCAGCAUCUAAUGGGAAACACUGGCGAGAAAAGGAAGACUGACUGGCUUGGAGUCUCCUUAGCUCCUGUUAUAUUUACUUAUUCUUUUUCCAAAACUGUGUGCACUGUCAACUGGAAUUUAGGUUGUGGUCCAUGGAUGCCCACUGGAGUCAUGUAUACCCAUCAGUGACUAAUGCAGCUGGCGUGCUCACUCCCUUGAUAGUAAUGUGACCACAUCAGCUCUUGUGGACCUUGCCAUAUGCAGAUUUUGAGACAUAAUUUCUCAUAUGUUUAAAGCAGUAGACAAUAGUUCUAACUACCUACCAUUGAGAUUGGUAAAAACUUUUCCCUAAUAAGUUAUCCCAGUGCCCUUUGCUUUAUGGCUAUAAGGGUACAAACUUAAAGACUGAAUUUGGUAGCUCUAAAUAAAUAAAAUAGUUUUUCAAAAUAUAUUUUUGAGAAGAUCUAAGUUAAGCAGCUUGAAGGUGUAUUAUGUAAGUGGUGUAGAGGAAAGAGAGGUGUGGGACGGAUCCCAGGUGUAUUGUGUAAGUGGUGUAGAGGGAAGAGAGAUGUUGUGGGACGGAUCCCAGGCAAAUGGCAGUGUCUGGAGAUGUCUCCUGUGGGUCACUGGAGGUGUCCUGGCCUCCAGUCUGCAAAGCAAUAGUUAGCUGUGGAGAUUAUCAUUUCUCAUGUAAGAAAAAUAUCCUGAGAAAUGUAAAACAUCAUCAACACCAGACGAAGUCUCCAGUGGGCCGUGAUAGAAGCACUGACUGCAGAAAAGACAUCAGGACCCCUACCAAAUUGUGCCUAAAGUCUCAAAAGAGGCUCCCAAUUCCUGAUCCCAUCUCCACGUGGUUCUCCUUAUUUAAUGAUUACAUUAGUCUUGAUUUGAGGAAUUUAAUAGCUAUCAUUUCAGUAAGAAUGACUCCAUUCCUCCAAGAGUCAAACUGAUCAAAGGGACCACUGCUGUGACAAUCAUCAACUCUGAACCCUAACAAGAAGGCCUGGUCUUGGACUUUGUGCUCAGGACCUGAGUUUGCUCCCCAGCACCCAUGUGGAGGUCACAACUGCCUGCCACUCCAGGGGAUCUGAUACUGUUUUGGGGCUUCCUGGGGUGCCAGACACACAAGUUACACAGACAUACAUGGAGACAUACUCAUGAAAUAAUACAUUUUUCAAAAGAACACCUAGUCUAAUACCUUAUAUACUUCUUUGAAGUUGGUCUGAUGGAAAGAAACUACCCUGCCAGGCUUAACCAUUCAAAACCACUGACAUUUCUAUUGUGAGCCACAAGGUAAGACUUCAUUGUCCUUGGUGGUGCCGAAGGCCCACAGCUGAGAGGGACAUUGCUGUUGCUAUAGCUUGCACUGUUUCUAUGUGUGGCUCUACUUCCUAAAAGGUACCCUGGGAGUGAGUUUGGGAAGUGAAUGGCUUCAUACUGGAUCUGUGAAAUUACUUACAGGAUAUGUGGGGUUUUUUUUCCCCAACUUCUGUAAUUGGGAAACAUCCCUCCCCCAUUUCUUAAUGUCUUUUAAUCAGGGGUGGUUCUCAGAGAUAUGUAAGGUGCUUUUCUGUGUCCAUUUCACACAAAUAUCAUUUUCGGCUCUUAUCCACAAAUAUUGGAAUGGUUUUGAUGCAUCUCUGUUUCUGGAAUUAAAGCCAAAUGCACUCAAUUAGGAAAUGGAAUGGAAGGCUGGAUAUAUGAAAACAUUAAGGAUAUCCUGUCAGAUUAUUCUUAAGUCAUCUUUUACUGCUAAAACUGUAGUUGAUAUAGGAUGUUCUUGGCUUAUGCCAUUCAGAUUGGAGACUGGACCACCUUGGAGUAGAUGCUGUCUGCAUUCACAUGAACUUCUGCCGCUCUUACAAUGGCGAGUGCUAAAAUCAGCCCAGUAUUUUAAUUUUUCACAGAUGUUGGUAGAUCAGAAUUCUGCUUUCUGCGUUUCUUAAUUUCGAGCUAUGGCCAUAUUUAUCUAGCCAGGCCUUGGGAGACUCUGGUGCUCUCUGCUCACCGCACCAGAGGUGCUCAGCAUCCACGCUAUUUGCAUUUCAGACUGUAUAACUCACUGCUGUGGGCUGUGUGUUGUAGGCUAUUUAGCCACAGCCCUGUCUCCUGUACCCUAGAUGCCAGUAGCUCCUCCUCUCCAGUUAUGACAGCAAAAGAUGGCUCCAAACAUUGCCCACUAUCCCCUGGAGCAGGGGAGAACACCAAAUUCUCCCCUAGGUAAGAACCAGUGUUUGUUGUCCCAGCAUACCUCUGUCUGUUGUCCACUUUAGCUCUGUAGUGGGCCCACCAGAGUUAUGGUGAGAAGAUGGCAUCUUUUACCACCAUGGCUGGAGAUGGUCGGUAGUGGUGCCCUUUGUGCAGUGCUCGGUUUCAUGUGCACACAGUCCCAGAAACUCGGCUGGGAUACUCCAGCCUCUGUGUGAAGGAUUUCAGCUUCAGUUAUGUGACGAGCGGGGGUGCUCAUCUUAGGACGGUGACUGAUGACUUAGCCUAUCUCUCUUGCCGUCAACAAAAUCCAACUUUAUAUUUUGUUUUGUCUCUAAAGCUUAAUAUUUGGAAUACACUUUAGAAAAUGUAUCAUCAUGCACAAUUUUUUUUUGUAGACUGUGUCUUUUAAUCUAGAAAGCAUCGUGUUUAAUUGCUCAUGCAGGGAAAUUAGCUGGUGCAGACUUCCGGUAUGACUGUGGGCACAAGGAUGCCGUCCCUAACUGGUCAGUAACUCGGCAUGCUUCCUGGAGCUGCCCUGCAUGCGGCUCUGCAGUGGAAAUAGGUGUUGAGUAGGUGUUUCUUCUGAUACCUUCGCCAGUGGUCUAGAAGCAAAAUAAGGAACGCUAACUAAAUCUGUCAUUGGCUGAGAACUGGGGACAUGGAAAACAGGAUUGGGAUCUUUUACUCGAGUUUUCCUUAAGGUUAGCAUGAAAAAGCCCAGAAAGUUGGAUU